AUGGGGCUAAGACUUGCCAGCCUUUUUAUCCUAUGGCUGGCUCUUUCCUAUGCAAGGGAAUAUAAAACAGGUAGAAGCCAAAACCACGGCCACCAUGUCUGCAGUACCUGGGGAAACCAUCAUUUCAAAACUUUUGAUGGUGAUGUCUAUCAGUUUCCGGGCCUUUGCACAUACAGGUUUGCUUCCGACUGCCGAGAGACUUACAAGGAGUUUUCUGUCCAUAUUCAACGUGGUCUGAAUAGCAGAGGACACCCUGAAAUCCAGAAUGUCCUUGUCACAAUUAAGGAUGUUAAAAUCUACCUCACCCACAAAUAUGCUGCGGUGGAUGAAGAAAUAGUAAAGACACCACACUACAUGUCUGGUAUACUGAUUGAGACCAGUGAUGUCUACAUUAAAGUCUAUGCAAGAGCAGGCCUGGUUCUGAUGUGGAACCGUGAAGAUUCACUAAUGCUGGAGCUGGACCCCAAGUUUAAUAACCAUACUUGUGGUCUCUGUGGGGAUUACAAUGGACAGCAGGUGUACAAUGAGUUUAUCUCUGGAGACAUGGAAUACAAUCCAAUCACAUAUGGAAAUGAACACAAGAUUAACACACCCAACUCCAUAUGUGAAGACCCAGACGAAACUCAGCAAGUCACAACCUGCCAUCAGCAUCAUGACGAGUGCACACAGUUACUGACUUCCCAAGCAUUCAGUGACUGCCAUUCCCGCCUGAAUCUGGAAAUGUAUGUUAAUGCAUGUAUGCAGGACAAGUGUGCCUGCCAGGAAGCUGAGGAUGCUUUCUGCCUCUGCAGCACCAUCUCAGAAUACUCUCGCCAGUGCUCUCAUGCUGGAGGCCGGCCGAGGAACUGGAGGACAGAAAAAUUAUGCUCUAAGUCGUGCCCUGGAAACAUGGUCUACCAGGAAAGCAGUUCCCCAUGCAUUGAUACUUGUUCACACCUGGAAAUCAGCAACCUUUGUGAAGAACACUACAUGGAUGGCUGUUUCUGCCCAGAAGGAACUGUUUAUGAUGACCUGACUGAGAAAGGUUGUGUGGCUGUUAGCAAAUGUUCCUGUAAACUACAUGGACAACUGUAUUCACCCGGGCAAAAGAUUGCCAAUGAAUGUGAAGAAUGCACCUGUGAUUCAGGCAGGUGGAUAUGCCAUGAUCUACCCUGUCCAGGGACAUGCAUGUUGGAAGGAGGCUCUCACAUUACCACUUUUGAUGGGAAGAAAUACAUCUUCCAUGGAGAGUGCUAUUAUGUGCUAACCAAGAACACUGUCAAUGACUCCCAUACCCUCCUGGCUGAGCUGGGUCCCUGUAGUUUCGAAGACAAGCAGACAUGUUUGAAGAAUGUUGUGCUGUUGAUAGACCACAAAAAAAAUAUUGUAGUUUUCAAAGCAGAUGGCACAGUGUUACUGAAUGAGCUGGUGAUUCACUUGCCCCAUGUGACAGCAAGCUUCUCAGUCUUCCAACCAUCUUCACACUACCUCGUUGUGCAUACGGAUUUUGGUCUUAGACUACAGAUUCAGUUGCUUCCAGUCAUGCAGCUGUUUGUGAUUGUGAAUCAGACUGCCCACGGAAAACUGCAAGGUCUUUGUGGGAAUUUCAAUGGGAUGGAAGGUGAUGACUUUAAAACAGUCAGUGGACUGAUAGAAGCUACAGGCUCUGCUUUUGCCAACACCUGGAAGGCACAACCUACUUGUAAUGACAAAGUGGAUCGGUUGGAAGACCCUUGCACUCUCAGUGUUGAAAGUGCAUCUUAUGCUGAGCAGUGGUGUUCUUUAUUGAAACAUUCAGAGAGUCCUUUUGCUAAAUGUCAUUCAGUCAUCGAUCCUCUGGAAUAUUAUAAGAGAUGCAAGUAUGACACCUGCAGCUGUAAGAAAAAUGAAGAAUGCUUAUGUGCCGCCCUCUCCUCGUAUGCCAGGGCCUGUGCCUUCAAAGGAGUUAUGCUGUGGGGCUGGAGACAAACUGUCUGCAGAAAAGAAGUUGCUUCUUGCCCUGCAAGCCAGAUCUUCCAUUACAAUCUGACUACCUGUCAAUACACCUGCCGCUCCUUUACUGAUGGCAAUAAGCACUGCUCUCAUGACUCCAUUCCCAUGGAUGGCUGUGGCUGCCCUGAUAACACCUACCUGAAUGAAAAGAGUGUGUGUGUGCCUAUCUCCAAAUGCUCAUGCUACUAUAAGGGAGAAUACCUAGACGCUGGCACUGUUAUUUUGAGAAAUGAAGAUCGCUGUGUUUGCCACAAUGCCAGGCUCCGUUGCACUCAAGUGAAGAUCAGAAUAUCAUUUUUUACAGGGUGUCCUCCUGGCAAGAUUCACUUUGACUGCGACAUCUCGUCUUGGAGUUCGCAAACCCCACUACAACGUAACUGCCAAACUCAGAAUAGUGACCAUUUCCAGACGGAGUGCAUCUCAGGUUGUGUAUGUCCUGCUGGAUUGAUUGAUGAUGGCAGAGGGCACUGUGUUCAGGAGAAGGAUUGUCCAUGUAUUCAUAAUGAGAAUUUUUAUUCUUCUGGAACAAACAUAACAGUGGAUUGCAACACCUGUACUUGCCAGAAAGGAAAGUGGAGCUGCACUGUUGGUGAUUGCUUUGGGACUUGCAGUAUAUAUGGAAAUGGCCAUUAUAUUACCUUUGAUGGAAAACAGUAUGAUUUUGAUGGAGACUGUGAAUAUGUGGCUGUUCAGGAUUAUUGUGGUGAAAAAAAUUCCAGUGCUUCAUUUAGUAUCCUUACAGAAAAUGUCCCUUGUGGAACCACAGGAGUUACCUGCUCAAAGGCUAUUAAAAUAUUUUUAGGGAGGACUGAACUAAAGUUGCAGGACAAAGAACUUUUGGAGAUUAGAAAAGAUCAUGGUGAGCAUGUGAAUUAUUGGACUCGGAAAGUGGGUCUGUAUCUUGUUAUUGAGGUCAGCAAUGGUUUGAUGGUUAUCUGGGAUAAGAAGACGACUGUUUUCAUCAAGCUGACCCCUUAUUAUAAGGGCAAAAUCUGUGGUCUGUGUGGUAACUUUGAUGACAAGUCCAACAAUGACUUCACAGCAAGGAGCAAGCUGCUUGUAAACAAAGCUCUGGAGUUUGGGAAUUCUUGGAAACAUGACCCCAGGUGCCCUGAUGUGACAGCAGAGAUCCAGCCCUGUGAUGUGAAACCUCAUCGAAAGUCGUGGUCACAACUCGAAUGUAGUCUUAUCAAGAGUCCUACCUUCAAAACAUGUCACCCCAAGGUGGACCCAACUCCGUUCUAUGAAGCUUGUGUUCAUGAUGCCUGCUCCUGUGACAGCGGUGGAGACUGUGAAUGCUUCUGUUCUGCAGUUGCUGCCUAUGCUCAAGAGUGUGCUAAAGCUAUGGCAUGUGUCUUCUGGAGAACUCCUGAUAUAUGCCCAAUAUUUUGUGAUUACUACAACGCUCAUAAUGAGUGUACAUGGCACUAUGAGCCUUGUGGCCGUGAAAUUAAGACCUGCAAGAUUAUUACUAAUCCCAGUACCAACUUCUCACUGCCUUUACUGGAAGGUUGUUACCCCAGCUGCCCUCCAGAGAAACCCAUUUAUGAUGAGUACUCCAAAAAAUGUGUGCCAAACGAUGGCUGUGGUUGUUAUAUGAAUGAAACAUAUUAUCCACCAUCCACAGAAAUACCCACAAUAGAGAACUGUAAAAAAUGCGUCUGUGUUUCAUCAGGAAAUAUUAACUGUACAACUCUCCCAGGCUGCCCAUGCAUCAUUGAUGGAAAAAUCUAUAAUGUAGGAGAUUUAGUUGAACAAGUCAGAAAUGGAUCAAUCUGUAUAAACUAUGUAUGUGGAAAGAAUGGGUCUAAGGUUCCUGGAAGUAUCUACCCUUGUCCAACACCCACGUCUACUACAACUACAACCUAUACUACUACCACAGUUUCCCCAACAACCUCAACAAGUACAGCUACAACUACAUGCUAUAAAGAAUGCAACUGGACUAAGUGGUAUGAUGUCAGUAAACCCACAGGGGAUGAAGAUGGUGGUGAAUAUGAAACCUAUGAUGCAAUAAGGAAUAUACAUGGAGACGGUUUCUGUGAUGUUCCACAUGACAUUCAGUGCAGGCCGCAAAACGGAUUUAAUUUAAGCCUAGAAGAUGUGGGCCAGAAAGUGUCAUGUAAUGUUACUUAUGGGCUCAUAUGUAAAAAUAAGGAACAAGACAAACUCUGGAUCCCGUGCUAUGACUACGAGAUUCGGAUUUUUUGUUGUAAAAAGGCUCCUGACUGUACUUCACCUACCACAUCGAGACCCACUGUAACCACAAGCACACCAACACCCACUCCAAGCACCACUAGCACACUGACCACAACCACUAAGACAACAACACCUACGACUAUGACAGCAACAGUUUCAACUUCAAUUACAACGCAAACACCAACACCGACUACCACACUAACGCCUACACAAACAAACACUCCAACAUCAACACCUACAACAAUCACAACCACUACAAUGGUACCAACAUCUACACUGACCAGAACUACUACAUCAACUCCAGUCACCAUUACCACACCAACACCUACACCAACUUUCACCACGACUCUAAUAACAACACCAGGCAGUACUACCACACCAACCACUAUUACUACAUCAACGCCAACACCCUUCACAACAACUCCUCUUACAACUACAACUAGUAGCACUCCAACAACGUCAAUCACCACCACUACCAGCCUGACAUCGACACCUUCCACCACUGUCACACCAACUCCAACACCCUCCAUUUCUUCAACUACAGGCUGCCCUUGCAACUGUACCGAGUGGUUGGAUGAUGAUCACCCAAAGCGAAAGCCAGGAGAGGACACUGAGAUAAAAAAAAAAGACUAUGGGGACUAUGAACUCUUGGACAACAUCAUACGCAAGAGGCCCUACCUGUUCUGUCCGGUGGUAUGGAAUAUUUCAUGCAGAGCAGAGCAAUUCCCUGAUCAUCCCAUUGAAAUUUUGGGGCAAAAAGUGGAAUGCAGUGCCUCCAAAGGACUUAUCUGCAACAACAGAGACCAGGUCUGGCAGUUGCCACCUAUGUGCUACAAUUAUCAAGUGAAGCUCUGCUGUUCUGGAACCCACCCUUCCUGCUGCCAUAAUACCACACAUACUUCCACACCGAGUACCACCACUACCAUUGUGACACCCACGCCUUCCACCACUCACACACCAAUGUCAACAGCCUCCACUUCUACAACUACUCAAGUGCCUACAACUACUACUACUACUACUACUAAUUUGACCACACCAAGUACAACCUCUUGCACUACAGAGACACCUGAGGAGGAUACUUCAUUCACUACAACAACAUCUACAUCUACAACAAUUGGCUCUUCCACACCUUCAGCAACUCCUCCAAUAUCAACUACCACCAUUACUCCAAGUACGCCUACAUCAACUCCCACCACCACCACUUCAGCCACGACUACCUCAGAGUCGCCCACCACCACUUCAGCAACAACUCCUCCAACAUCCACUACCACCAUUACUCCAAGUACGCCUCCACCAACCUGCACCACCACCACUUCAGCCACGACUACCUCAGAGUCGCCCACCACCACUUCAGCAACAACUCCUCCAACAUCCACUACCACCAUUACUCCAAGUACGCCUCCACCAACCUGCACCACCACCACUUCAGCCACGACUACCUCAGAGUCGCCCACCACCACUUCAGCAACAACUCCUCCAACAUCCACUACCACCAUUACUCCAAGUACGCCUCCACCAACCUGCACCACCACCACUUCAGCCACGACUACCUCAGAGUCGCCCACCACCACUUCAGCAACAACUCCUCCAACAUCCACUACCACCAUUACUCCAAGUACGCCUCCACCAACCUGCACCACCACCACUUCAGCCACGACUACCUCAGAGUCGCCCACCACCACUUCAGCAACAACUCCUCCAACAUCCACUACCACCAUUACUCCAAGUACGCCUCCACCAACCUGCACCACCACCACUUCAGCCACGACUACCUCAGAGUCGCCCACCACCACUUCAGCAACAACUCCUCCAACAUCCACUACCACCAUUACUCCAAGUACGCCUCCACCAACCUGCACCACCACCACUUCAGCCACGACUACCUCAGAGUCGCCCACCACCACUUCAGCAACAACUCCUCCAACAUCCACUACCACCAUUACUCCAAGUACGCCUCCACCAACCUGCACCACCACCACUUCAGCCACGACUACCUCAGAGUCGCCCACCACCACUUCAGCAACAACUCCUCCAACAUCCACUACCACCAUUACUCCAAGUACGCCUCCACCAACCUGCACCACCACCACUUCAGCCACGACUACCUCAGAGUCGCCCACCACCACUUCAGCAACAACUCCUCCAACAUCCACUACCACCAUUACUCCAAGUACGCCUCCACCAACCUGCACCACCACCACUUCAGCCACGACUACCUCAGAGUCGCCCACCACCACUUCAGCAACAACUCCUCCAACAUCCACUACCACCAUUACUCCAAGUACGCCUCCACCAACCUGCACCACCACCACUUCAGCCACGACUACCUCAGAGUCGCCCACCACCACUUCAGCAACAACUCCUCCAACAUCCACUACCACCAUUACUCCAAGUACGCCUCCACCAACCUGCACCACCACCACUUCAGCCACGACUACCUCAGAGUCGCCCACCACCACUUCAGCAACAACUCCUCCAACAUCAACUACCACCAUUACUCCAAGUACUCCUCCAACAACUCCCACCACCACCACUUCAGCAACAACUCCUCCAACAUCCACUACCACCAUUACUCCAAGUACGCCUACACCAUCUCCCACCACCACCACUUCAGCCACGACUACCUCAGAGUCGACCACCACCACUUCAGCACCACUCACAUCCACUACCACCAUCACUCCAAGUACGCCAACACCAUCUCCCACCACCACCACUUCAGCCACGACUACCUCAGAGUCGCCCCCCACCACUUCAGCAACAACUCCUCCAAGGUCAACUACCACCAUUACCCCAAGUACGCCUCCCCCAACCUCCACCACCACCACUGCAGCCACGACUCCCUCAGAGUCGCCCACCACCACUUCAGCAACAGCUCCUCCAACACCAACUACCACCAUUACUCCAAGUACGCCUCCACCAACCUCCACCACCACUUCAGCAACAGCUCCUCCAACACCAACUACCACCAUUACUCCAAGUACGCCUCCACCAACCUCCACCACCACUUCAGCAACAGCUCCUCCAACACCAACUACCACCAUUACUCCAAGUACGCCUCCACCAACCUCCACCACCACUUCAGCAACAGCUCCUCCAACACCAACUACCACCAUUACUCCAAGUACGCCUCCACCAACCUCCACCACCACUUCAGCAACAGCUCCUCCAACACCAACUACCACCAUUACUCCAAGUACGCCUCCACCAACCUCCACCACCACUUCAGCAACAGCUCCUCCAACACCAACUACCACCAUUACUCCAAGUACGCCUCCACCAACCUCCACCACCACUUCAGCAACAGCUCCUCCAACACCAACUACCACCAUUACUCCAAGUACGCCUCCACCAACCUCCACCACCACUUCAGCAACAGCUCCUCCAACACCAACUACCACCAUUACUCCAAGUACGCCUCCACCAACCUCCACCACCACUUCAGCAACAGCUCCUCCAACACCAACUACCACCAUUACUCCAAGUACGCCUCCACCAACCUCCACCACCACUUCAGCAACAGCUCCUCCAACACCAACUACCACCAUUACUCCAAGUACGCCUCCACCAACCUCCACCACCACUUCAGCAACAGCUCCUCCAACACCAACUACCACCAUUACUCCAAGUACGCCUCCACCAACCUCCACCACCACUUCAGCAACAGCUCCUCCAACACCAACUACCACCAUUACUCCAAGUACGCCUCCACCAACCUCCACCACCACUUCAGCAACAGCUCCUCCAACACCAACUACCACCAUUACUCCAAGUACGCCUCCACCAACCUCCACCACCACUUCAGCAACAGCUCCUCCAACACCAACUACCACCAUUACUCCAAGUACGCCUCCACCAACCUCCACCACCACUUCAGCAACAGCUCCUCCAACACCAACUACCACCAUUACUCCAAGUACGCCUCCACCAACCUCCACCACCACUUCAGCAACAGCUCCUCCAACACCAACUACCACCAUUACUCCAAGUACGCCUCCACCAACCUCCACCACCACUUCAGCAACAGCUCCUCCAACACCAACUACCACCAUUACUCCAAGUACGCCUCCACCAACCUCCACCACCACUUCAGCAACAGCUCCUCCAACACCAACUACCACCAUUACUCCAAGUACGCCUCCACCAACCUCCACCACCACUUCAGCAACACCUCCUCCAACAUCAACUACCAUUACUCCAAGUACACCUCCUCCAACCUCCACCACCACCACUUCAGCCACGACUACCUCAGAGUCGCCCACCACCACUUCAGCAACAACUCCUCCAAGAUCACCUACCACCAUUACCCCAAGUACACGUCCACCAACCUCCACCCCCACCACUUCAGCCACGACUACCUCAGAGUCGCCCACCACCACUUCAGCAACAACUCCUCCAAGAUCACCUACCACCAUUACCCCAAGUACACGUCCACCAACCUCCACCCCCACCACUUCAGCCACGACUACCUCAGAGUCGCCCACCACCACUUCAGCAACAACUCCUCCAAGAUCACCUACCACCAUUACCCCAAGUACACGUCCACCAACCUCCACCCCCACCACUUCAGCCACGACUACCUCAGAGUCGCCCACCACCACUUCAGCAACAACUCCUCCAAGAUCACCUACCACCAUUACCCCAAGUACACGUCCACCAACCUCCACCACCACCACUUCAGCAACGACUACUCCAGAGUCAACUACUGCCACUCCAACAACACCAGGCACCACCACUGCCACCCUGACCCCCACACCAUCCAGUACUGUCACAACAACAUCAACAGUCUCCACUUCUGCAACUACUCCAGUGUCUACUAUUACUACUACAAAUUUGACCACAUCAAGUACAACCCCUUGCACUUCAGAGACAACAGAGGAGGAUACUUCAUUCACUACAACAACAUCUACAUCUACAACAAGUGGCUCUUCUACACCUUCAGCAACUCCUCCAACAUCAACUACCACCAUUACUCCAAGUACGCCUCCACCAACCUCCACCACCACCACUUCAGCCACGACUACCUCAGAGUCGACCACCACCACUUCAGCAACAACUCCUCCAACAUCAACUACCACCAUUACUGCAAGUACGCCUCCACCAACCUCCACCACCACCACUUCAGCCACGACUACCUCAGAGUCGACCACCACCACUUCAGCAACCACUCCUCCAACACCAACUCCCACCAUUACUUCAAGUAUGCCUCCAACAACUCCCACCAUCACUUCAUCAACAAUUACUCCAAAGUCAACCACCACAGUCACUACUUCAGCAACAACUUCAACUCGAGGGACUACUGUUACAACACUAGAAAGUACAACCAAAAUCAUAACUAUUAGAACACCCACCACAACACCUCCACCAUCCUCACCACAAAAAACAUGUAUUAUUCCAAAUCAUCCGCCCAUUGAGGUAGGUAAAAUUGGGUGGCUGUGUAACUGCACAAUGGUAAUCUGCAUUGACAAUAACACCUUACAGACGAUUCCAGUACCCUGUGUCCCACCUGUGAAGCCCAAAUGUAGCAAUGGUCUUGCUCCUGUGCAGGUGAUGGAUGAAGAUGGAUGCUGUUGGCACUGGGAAUGUGACUGCUAUUGCACUGGUUGGGGAGAUCCACAUUACAAGACAUUUGAUGGAGUAUCCUAUAGCUAUCAAGGGAAUUGCACAUAUAUCCUGGUUGAAGAGAUUAAGAAGACAGUUGACAAUUUUGGGAUCUACAUUGACAAUUACCACUGUGAUGCACGAGAUACAGUCUCCUGUCCACGCACACUCAUUGUGAAACAUGAGACCCAGGAAGUGCGCAUAGCAACAGUCCAAAUGAGUCCUAUCAAAGUAGAGGUACUUGUAAACCAACAAGAGGUAGCUACACCUUACCGAAAAUUUGGAUUGAAAAUCUUUGGAUCAGGCAUAAAUCAGGUGGUGGAAAUUCCUGAACUUAAGAUUAAUAUAACCUACAAUGGCUUGGCCUUUUCUAUUAGAAUGCCAUACGGCCAGUUUGUCAACAAUACCCAAGGACAGUGUGGGAUUUGCAACAACGACCCAACAGAUGACUGCAGGCUACCCAAUGGAGAAUCAGAUUGUGAAAGGAUGGCAGAUAGGUGGCAAGUUAAUGACACUAACAAGCCAGAGUGCCAUUCAGUCAUACCAUCUACAAAACCACCUACGGUUACGCCCUCAACCACAACAGCCUGCAAAGCAUCUUCACUUUGCGAGCUCCUUAUUAAGGGAAGCUUGUUUGAGGAGUGCCGUAAGUUUAUCAAACCUGAAAUAUACUAUGCAGCCUGUGUGUUCGACACCUGCACUAUUCCCAAUGCUAAGAUGGAGUGCUCCAGUUUGCAGAUCUAUGCUGCCAUCUGUGCUGACCAGGGUUUCUGCGUUGACUGGAGAAGUCAGACCAAGGGCAUCUGUGCUCUUAAAUGCCCAUCACAAAAAGAAUAUAGAGCAUGUGGUCCUAUUGAAGAAAAGACCUGCAAAACAAGCCCAGAAGAACAAGACAGUAACAAAAAAGCAGAAGGCUGCUUCUGCCCCAGUGGGACAAUGCUGUAUAGUCCUGGUAUGGAUGUCUGUGUAAAAACCUGUGGGUGUGUUGGACCAGAUAAUAUACCACGAGAGUUUGGGGAGAAAUUUAUCUUUGACUGUCAGAAUUGCACUUGUCUGGAUGGUGGAAAUGGCAUCAUCUGUGAGCCUCGCCAAUGUGCUGUGCAAGAAAAUAAGCCACAAUGUACUGGAGAAGGCUUUUAUGAGGUUGUUGAAGUCAUCCCUAAUGACAUUUGUUGCAACAAAACUGUCUGCAGAUGCAACACGAACUUGUGCAUAAGCAAACCACCUAUAUGUAAACCAGGAUUUGAAGUUCAGUCCUCUAUUCCCCAUGACGGGUGCUGUCCUCAGUAUAAGUGCAUUUCCAAGAGAGUUUGUGUAUAUGACGCUGCUGAGUACCAGCCCGGUCGUCCAGUCUUUAAGGAUAAGUGUCAAAAAUGUAAAUGCACUGAGCAUAUGGAUAACAGCACUGAACUAAAUAUCAUCUCAUGUGAACUUCUUCCAUGUAACACAAAAUGUGAUCAAGGAUAUGAACUUAGUAAGCCUGCGAAAGAUGAGUGCUGUGGAACGUGUAUCCAGACAAAAUGUGUCAUGCAAACAUCAGGUGGCAAUGUCCUCAUCUUGAGUCCUGCUGAAAUAAAAAAUGAUCCAAGAGACAACUGCACUCUUUAUAGCUGUGUGAAUUUCCAUGACCAGUUCAUCUCCUCCACCUCCAAGAUUACCUGCCAACCAUUCAAUGAGCAGAACUGUAAGCCUGGUACUAUUUCCUACCUACCUAAUGGGUGCUGUAAAACAUGCAUACCUCGUGAUACACCAGCAUCAUGUUCUAUCAGUCAAGUUAUGGACUAUAUCAUGCACCAAGGCUGUAUUUCUGUGGGGAGAGUCAACGUGACUCAGUGUGAGGGAACAUGUGGAACCUACUCACUAUACUCUGCUGAGGCCAACUCCAUGAACCACAAGUGCACUUGCUGCAGGGAGUCGAUAACUAGCAUAAGGAGAGUUAUACUACAGUGCCCUGAUGGACAAAGGGUGAACUAUGAGUAUGUGCACGUGGAGCAUUGUGAAUGUCAAGGCACUAUCUGUGAUGUACCAGAAGGGUCUAAAAAGACCCAGCAACUGUUAGUGGAAGGGGCCAGAGAGACUGCAGUGAAACGCAUCAGAAGAGCCAUCCAGAGACCAGUGAAGUGAAGGAGAUGAACAUAAUGACACACUGAUAGAGGGGCAAGAAGAGACUGUAGUAGACCUUUGUAAUUUUCCAAGAGUAAUUCAGUGCUUUCCAUUUUCCACCUCCCUCUCUUCUAAGCCCUUGUUGCACUCUAUUUAUUUGUGUAUAAAAAUGAGAGAAAAUCUUCCUUUAGGCACAUAGUCUUCUAUUUAGUUUUCCAUUGUCUGCUUUUGCUUUAAAUCAU